GCUUCCCGCCGAGCUCGCCGCCUGUCCGGGAAGGGGGAGCCCCGGCCGCGGUCCGCCCGCUUCAGUCGCCGCAGCUCCGCGGACCUGGAGCUGCCGAGCGGCCGGACCGAGCCGCCCCCGCCCGCGCCCGCGCCCCCGCCGCCCCCGGGCCCCCCGGCCCCGCCGCCCCGCGCCCGGGGCUCAGCCGCGGGCGGCGGGGGCGGCCCGGACCGGCGGCGGGACGAGCGCGACGAGCGCGACGAGCGGGACGAGCGGGAGGAGACCGAGACGCAGGCGGUGGCCACGUCCCCCGACGGCCGCUUCCUCAAGUUUGACAUCGAGAUCGGCCGCGGCUCCUUCAAGACGGUCUACCGGGGGCUGGACACCGACACCACCGUGGAGGUGGCCUGGUGUGAGCUGCAGACCCGCAGGCUGAGCCGAGCCGAGCGGCAGCGCUUCGGGGAGGAGGUGGAGAUGCUGAAGGGCCUGCAGCACCCCAACAUCGUCCGCUUCUACGACUCCUGGAAAUGGGCCGUGCGGGGCCGCGUCUGCACCGUCCUGGUCACCGAGCUCAUGACCUCGGGCACGCUCAAGACUUACCUGCGUCGCUUCAGGGAGAUGAAGCCGCGGCUGCUGCAGCGCUGGAGCCGCCAGAUCCUGCGCGGCCUUCAGUUCCUGCACACCCGGGCCCCCCCGAUCCUGCACCGCGACCUCAAGUGCGACAACGUCUUCAUCACCGGCCCCACCGGUUCCGUCAAGAUCGGCGACCUGGGCCUGGCCACGUUGAAACGGGCCUCCUUCGCCAAGAGCGUGAUCGGGACCCCGGAGUUCAUGGCGCCCGAGAUGUACGAAGAGAAGUACGACGAGGCCGUGGACGUGUAUGCGUUCGGCAUGUGCAUGCUGGAGAUGGCCACAUCCGAGUACCCAUACUCCGAGUGCCAGAACGCUGCGCAGAUCUACCGCAAGGUCACCUCGGGCACGAAGCCCAACAGUUUCCACAAGGUGAAGGUGCCACAGCUGAAGGAGAUCAUCGAGGGCUGCAUUCGCACGGACAAGAAUGAGAGGUACACGGUCCAGGCCCUGCUGGCACAUGCCUUCUUCCAAGAGGAGCGGGGGGUUCGCGUGGAGUUGGCGGAGGAGGAUGACGGGCAUAAACCCGGGCUGAAGCUGUGGCUGCGCAUGGAGGACGCCCGCCGCAGCGGGGGGCGGCCCCGAGAAAACCGGGCCAUCGAGUUCCUGUUCCAGCUGGGGAGGGAUGCGGCUGAGGAGGUGGCCCAGGAGAUGGUGGCACUGGGCCUGGUGUGUGAGGCCGAUUACCAGCCGGUGGUGCGGGCCGUUCGGGAGCGGGUGGCCGCCAUCCAGAGGAGGCGGGAGGAGACCCGACAAGCCCGGGAAGUGGCUCAGACCACAGAGAUCCCUCCAGCCGGCUCCUCCGCCCCCGUCCCACCCGGCCCGCUCCCCUUGCCCCCCGAGCCCGAGGAACCGGAGGCCGACCAGCACCAACCCUUUCUCUUCCGCCAUGCCAGUUACUCAUCCAACACCUCGGACUGUGAAACCGAUGGCUACCUGAGCUCCAACGGCUUGACCGAAGCCACUGACCGCUCCCCGCGGCCCUCUGCAGGGGAGCCCCCCAGCCCCACUGACCCUCAGCUCCGCCUACCCACGGGCUUUGCGGUAUCCAUCCCCCGCUCUGACCUGGUUAGUGACUUCUCAGCUGGGGACAGCUAUGCCUCAGACGCGGCUUCUGGAAUCAGCGAUGGAGGCGAGGGGCCGCGGGCCCGGAGACCCCCAGGAAAGAGUCCACGGCGCAGACCUCGUUCCCGGCUGCGGGUCACCAGUGUCUCAGACCAGAGUGACCGGGUGGUGGAGUGCCAGUUGCAGACCCACAACAGCAAGAUGGUGACGUUCCGCUUCGACCUGGAUGGAGACAGUCCCGAGGAGAUCGCGGCGGCCAUGGUGUACAAUGAGUUCAUCCUGCCCUCGGAGCGGGGGGGUUUCUUGGGCCGAAUCCGGGAGAUCAUCCAGCGCGUGGAGACCUUGCUGCGGCGGGAGCAGAGCCCCGGGGAGCCAGACGGAGAGACCCCCGGCCCAGCUGGCCCCCAGCAGGAGGACCCAUCUCCUCCCAGCAUCUCCAGUUCCCCGAUUCCCCCACUCAUAGAGGCCCAGAGCACCCCCACGCUGGAUCCUCGGGAUUGGCCGUCCUUGCCUGGGCCCACAAGCCCCAGCAGCCCCACUGACCCCCUCACUCCCAGUGGGCAACCCGUGUUCCUGCUGCCCUCCCCGACAGGGACCUCCUUUCCCCUCCGCUCCCCACCCUUCUCCCCAGGCUUCGCCCCUUUCUCCCCAGGCCUCACCCGCUUCUCCUCAGACUCCACCCCCUUCUCUGAUUCCCUUUCUCCUAGCUCCGACCCCUUUUCUCCGUGCUCCACCCCCUUCUCCCCCAACUCCAGCCCGUUCUCUCCCACGGUGGCCCCUCUGUCCCCCAGCCCCCCUCCCUUCCCUCCUACAACCCCUCCAGCCCCCCAGCCUGCGCCCCAACUGCUGCCUGCUCCGCCGCCCCCGCACCCCGCCCCCCUGCUCUCCCUGGCUGGUGCCUUCUCUCUGGCUGUGAUGACUGUGGCCCACUCCCUACUGACCCCUUCCCCCGGAGUCCUCCCCCGCCCCCAUCAGGUCCAGCUCAGCCCCCUUCCCCAGGCCCAGGGUCCCCCGCCCAGUCCUCCAGCCCCCUCUCUGUCUGCCCUGGAGAACGCCGAGCCCCCGGUAACGGGGCAGGAGAUCGGGACUGGGCCCCGUCCUGCCUGGCCCCAGGGAGCUGAGGCCCGCCUGUGGCCCAUCUCUGAAGAAGGGAAGACCCAGAUUGUCGGGCGCUUCCAUGUGACCACGUCGAAGGAGCCGGGCCCGGCUCUGGCCCCGGCGCGGCCGCCGUCUCCGGGCCCCGGCCCCCCGAGCCCCCCGAGCCCCCCGAGCCCCCCGAGGCUCCCCUCCCCGCCCCCGGCCCCGGAGAGCUCGGACACGGAGGACAGCAUCGGGGGCCCGGGGCCCGGGGAGGCCCUGGCUGAGAGUGACCGGGCCGGGGCCGUGGCGGAAGAGGAGGGAGAGGCGGGGUGCGGGGGUCGCUCCCCGCCCCCCGCGAUGGCGGCCACGGCCACGGCCACGGCCACGGCCACGGCGGCGACCCCCCAGCCCAGCCAAGUGUGGAUGAGCUGCACGUACAGCAGCAGCCUGUGCCUGAGCAGCGGGGACUCGGACAGCAGCCAGGGGGACGACGACAUCUGGGAGGAGCUGCAGACCCUAAGGCAGAAGCACCUGUCGGAGGUGGAGGCGCUGCAGCUGGUGCAGAAGAAGGAGAUCGAGGAGCUGUACGGGCGGCUGGGGAAGCAGCCCCCGCCGGGCAUCGUGGCCCCCGCCGCCAUGCUCUCCAGCCGCCACCGCCGCCUCUCCAAGGGCAGCUUCUCCGCCUCCCGCCGCAACAGCCUGCAGCGCCUCGAGCCCCCGCCCCCAGGCAUCAUGCGCAGGAAUUCUCUGAGCGGCAGCAGCACCGGCUCCCAGGAGCAGCGGCCCAGCAAGGGGGUCACCUUCGCAGGAGAUUUUGGCCGGAUGUGAGCCAGCGGCCGGCCGGCCGGCCGGGCAGCCCGCCCCCCACC